UUUCAGACUAAAAAUCAAGGAUCGUAUUCAAAAUGUUAGGGACCGAUACUUUAAAGACUAUGUAGUUCUUGAACCAGGAACCAGAUUUUCUAACGGGGGACCAAUAGACGAAGAUACUUUCGUACUAUCUAAAAAUUACCCACAUUAUACGACUAACAUGAAUCGCAAGAGAUUAAAUAAUUUUGGCACUAAUACAAAAAGAACGAACAUAGAAAUAAAAGACAGAAGAGAUUUUUCUGAUUUAGAUCAGCUAGUAUCGGAAUAUUUGUUGAACUUGCACGAUGACAAAGCUAUGGAUUCCACAGCUGAUAUGACAGAUAGAUCAGACCAUCGUAUGAGAGUGAAUAAUAUCAAUGGCAUACAACCGUAUACUCAAAAUUAUCGUAAUCCAAGUACAAGAAACUUACAGGAUAAUGCACAAGGUUAUAGAAAAGCAAUUAGUAAUUUUGGUAAUGAUCUUCAACUUUCGUCGAAUGAUUUAUAUGAUUUGAAGGCUAAAGAAUAUAUCAGGAGCAAGUUUAAUAAUUUACCUGUUUUAAAUAAACAAAUACUCGGUUCUAAAAGAAAAAAAAUAGACCUGACAGAUUAUGCUAUCGAAGAUCAUUUAAAUACUGACUAUGAACCGAGAACCAUGGAAAGUCAACGAAACACUGUGCCAAAAAGAGAACAAAACCCCUUAAAUAUCCAAGCAGACGACACAAACAAUUAUGAUUAUCAGUUAUAUUCUGAAAGGACCCAAGGUAACGGCAAUUUUGAUCCACGAUAUGUUGUCGAAGAUUAUACUGGAUUUCAAAAUGACGAAAAGUCUGAUGAACAUGGCCGCGGACAUAACAGACAGCUUAUUUAUGAUGCGAAUGAAAUAACACAUUAUUACUUAGACAGAUUGGAUGAAGACACUAACACUAGGCAAAAACUAGACACAGAAACCCUCACUGGAUACAGAGUGGACCCAGGCACCUACACUAAACACAGACAGGAGCACAGGCGGCCUUUGCAUCUUGAGAAAAUACCCAGCAAGUUUCAGCGCCACCUCCAAAACGAUGGCGGCGAGAUGAAGUAUCAUAUGCCACGCUACUUCGUUCCUGAUCGAGCGAACCUCCAGCAUGGAUAACAAUUAACCAUU